GGCCAGUAUUCAGUUCGCUCGGUUCGUUGGCCCACGUCGCGUUUUGUCAAAGUAGCGCAAAUUACUUAAAAAUAAACAACGAAACUAUUGGAACACCCAGACAUUUCACUCGUCGAUCUUAAUUCUAUUGCAUUUUACCGCGGCGUGAAAAUAAAAUAAAUAAAAAUGAAUUUUAAAGUCAAUUUGACGUUCCUAUCUAUGGCACUGGUCUGCCUUAUUUCUGUCAUUCUGCUGACUCAGACGAUCGGAAUCGGUGCGGCCGGAUCUGGAGAGGGCCUGUGCAAGGAGUUAAACAACGUUAACUGUUAUGUGGGCCGCAACGAGGGCAACUACUGCAACAGCAAGGAUCAGACGAAGGCCCUGACCCGCUGGUACUAUGACAAGGGUGUUUGCCGCCCCUUCGCCUACAAGGGCUGCAACGGCAAUCGCAAUCGAUUCUGCACGCAGGACAGCUGUGAAACACGCUGCGGCGGCCACUGAAUAUCGAAAGGCACACACAAUUACACACAUUCAGUUACACAUCCACUUAGCUGAUAAGUUUAUAUGUUUAUAUAUAUAAUUAAGUUUUACACGUUAGGUUACUAUA